UCAAAUUACGUGCCGUGUAAAUGGUAUAAUCCCGUUAGUAAUUGACAAGACGAACAAUGUAAUUCACGAUGCCGUGGAAGAGCCAUAUAAGCUUUGUAUAUUUUCCAUGACAGAAACGCAAUAAGGAUAUCAAUAAUGUUUAUAAAACGAUAACACUUUAUGUAUAUCUGGAAGCUGUAGAAAUUUUGGACACUUGAUCCGAAUCAAAAUGGUAAUGCCCUAGGAUGAAGCGUCAGAACGUCAGAACAUUAUCCUUAGUAGUCUGUACCUUCACAUAUUUACUUAUUGGUGCAGCAGUAUUUGACUCUUUGGAAUCGAGGACAGAGGCGAAACGAUGGGAAUUCCUGCAAGGCAUCACAUCUUAUACUCGAAUACUCAUGCAUACAUAUGUAUAUGCUUUGGCAAAUAAAGCGGUGAAGAGCAAUUUUGUUAAAAAGUAUAAUGUCACCGCUGAAGACUACCGUAUGAUGGAAAUAGUAAUUAUCGAGAACAAGCCGCACAAAGCCGGACCACAAUGGAAGUUCGCCGGUGCAUUUUAUUUUGCCACUGUGGUCUUGGCUAUGAUUGGUUAUGGGCAUUCAACACCAGUGACAAUUGGUGGUAAAGCUUUCUGCAUGGCAUACGCAAUGGUAGGUAUUCCUUUGGGUCUCGUCAUGUUCCAGUCGAUCGGAGAGCGCUUAAAUAAGUUCGCAUCGAUAAUAAUACGUCGUGCGAAGCGUUAUAUGCACUGCACCCAAACCGAGGCCACAGAAAUGAACCUGAUGUUAGCGACGGGUAUGCUCUCCUCUAUUAUUAUAACCACUGGCGCAGCAGUCUUUUCGCGCUACGAGGGCUGGAGUUAUUUCGACAGUUUCUAUUACUGCUUUGUGACGCUCACAACCAUCGGUUUCGGUGACUAUGUGGCGUUGCAAAACGAUCAGGCGCUGAUCAAUAAACCCGGCUAUGUUGCGCUCAGUUUGGUCUUUAUACUAUUUGGACUUGCAGUAGUUGCCGCUAGUAUCAAUCUGCUGGUGCUGCGCUUCAUGACAAUGCAAGCAGAGGACGCCAAGCGUAAUGAACAGGAUGCUCAACAGGCUGCUGCUGCUGCUUUCUCUACUCAACAGCUCGCUUAUGAUGUGGAAUCGAGUAAUUUUAAUAUGCAUGGAAAGUUGUUGCCUAACUCAAAUUACACCACUGAUUACGACGAAACUUUAUCAAUUUGUUCAUGUACAUGCCUCGGCGGCGCAAGAUGUUUAAACCAUGAAACUUUCGUCGAUCCUGAUUUUCGCCCAACUGAUAUCAUUGAAAGUACUUUGAGUUUAAAACGGGCGUCAGUUUAAUAUUCGCUCAUGUUGUUAGUUAAAUAAUUUUACUACCCAAGUUUCUAAAUAACAUUUAAAACCAAAUAUAUACAUAUUUAGAAUGAACCAGCGAAAUUAACUUCAAAAUCCAUCGAAAUUAACCAACCAGUACAAUCUAUUAUUUUACAAUUUCAUUUAAGCUCGCCUAAUGCAAUACAAAUAUAGUAAAGUCAAUAAUUGUGUGGAUUAUUUGUUGAUAUUAACCUCUAUUAUCAGAAAUAAAAAAGUUAAAAUAACAAAUUUUAGGAU